GAAAAUGUGAAGGGAGGGGAAUAGGAAGGGGUGAGAGACAGGUAUCUGCAAGGCACAGAGACGGGAGAAGUGGUUACUAAGAAAGAAAGAAAGAAAGAAAAGAACGAUAGAAAAUGUCCAGGUAUCUGGCUCUUCUUUUUCUCUGUGUUUUUGUACCAAAAGGUGAGUUUUAGCUAUUUAAAUUUCAAUACUAACUUAGGAAGAAAUGUAUGAGAGUUUUACCGAAACACAGCUGAACACGUUUACAAAAUGUUUAGAACCAGCAAACCAUAGGACAGGUUCUCCAAAGAAUCCACAGCGCUGAAUAACUAUUGAAGAAUAUUAUUGAUCUGUAUAAAUACUAUAAUAUUGUAGAUAAUUCUGAGGUGCGCUGAUUCUUAACACCUUCCAAAUAUAGUCCAGCAUAUUAUUCCAGUGGGCGUCCAUUAGUUGGAAUGGGCACAUUGUAAUUAUAAUAACACAUGCAACUGUACAUAAUAACCAGUUUAAUAUAGUGACACUGUCUUGCCCAGUGAGUAGAGACUUGUUUUUACAUUGUGAAGAAUGUACAGGUUUGAAGAUUUGCAACAGUGAUGUUACAAUUAAUUACUUUAUCUGAAGAAUGGGUCGCUGGGACAACUUGCCAAUUGAAACAUAGAAACAUAGAAUGUGACGGCAGAUAAGAACCAUUCGGCCCAUCUAGUCUGCCCAAUUUUCUAAAUACUUUCAUUAGUCCCUAGCCUUAUCUUAUAGUUAGGAUAGCCUUAUGCCUAUCCCUGUGUUAACUCUAUCACUUCAGCUGGAAGGCUAUUCCAUGCAGUCAACCCUAAUAAAGUAAUACUUCCUGAUUUUAUUUUUAAACCUUUGCCCCUCUAAUUUAAGACUAUGUCCUCUUGUUGUGGUAGUUUUUUUUACAUUUAAAUAUGGUCUCAUCCUUUACUAUGUUGAAUCCCUUUAUGUAUUUAAAUGUUUCUAUCAUAUCCCCCCUGUCUCGUCUUUCCUCCAAGCUAUACAUGUUAAGAUCCUUUAACCUUUCCUGGUAAGUUUUAUCCCGCAAUCCAUGAACCAGAAUUCUGGUACUUUUGAGAUUUUUUUCAACUUCACACUUUACAAAAAUUAUUCUUAAACCACCGAAUUGUAGUGAAUCGAAAUCAAAAUGGCAAAAAUAUAAUAACUGGCUAUUUUAGUCAUAAUGUUACCAUCUGAGUUUCAAUUUGGACUUUAUUUAAAAACCCCAUGUGAAUACUAUUGCCUACAUUUGUUAAGGUAUAUUGACAGUGUGCUAACUGUGCUGAUCAAUAUUUUAUUUAUUUUUUCUUCAAAUAUUUUUUAUUGUAAUUUUACAGAAAACUAAGCAUGUAUGUUCAACAGCAUUUUUACAUUAUUUCAUACAAUAUGGUAAAUUGGAUUAUUCCAUUGCGUUACCAUUCAAGUCCAUUCUUAAAUGGAUGGUCAUUAGAUUCGAGUUUCUAAGAGUUAAUAUUGUCCAGGGAUAAAUUACUUAUCCAAAAUACUACCUUCAACGAGGUAUAUCUUACACAACAUAUAACAUAAAAAUCACAUACAACAUACAACGUAAGGACACCUACGGAGAGUAAAGAGGAUGGGGAGCUCCAAUACAGUUUCUUUAAAAGUAUUGAAUCAAUCAAGAACCAUUUUGGGGAUAAUAUUGAUUGUAUUUUGCUAAGUGACUAUAGCUAAAUAUAGUCUUACAAGGUUUUAUUUAUUUGGAGAAUCUAUUCUUUAUAAUAAUCAAACCAAUUUUUCCAUAUUUUGUUAUCGGUAUCAAUAUUGUUAUCUUUAAAAUAGACAUCCUUUGCCAUCAAUCCUUGAUAUUGGAUUUGGGCUUUGAUCUCUAUUAAGGAUAGAGAUUCAGUAUGUCUCCAAUUUCUAGCCAUACACGGUUUAAUUGCCAUUAAAACAUGGAUAAUUAGAUAUAAAGAUGGUUUAGCCAUUUUUGGCAUAUUUUGAUAAAAUAAAUAAAAGUCUUUCUGGGGACAAGGUGAUAUCUACUUUUAAGUCGGAGAUAAGUUUAGAAACUCCCAACUUAAGGUUGUCCAGGCCAGUGCAGUCCCAGCAAAUAUGUUUAAGUGAACUAGGUUCACUAUUGCAUCUCCAACAUAUGCUGGAGGAAUUUGUUUGAAAUUUGCAUGAUUUAGUGGGGACCAUAUACCAUCUGUGGAUGAUUUUAAGGAACGUUUCUUGUAUAUUUAUACAUUGAAUUGUUUUCCUUAUUAAUUCAAAUGAUUUUAACCAAUCUUGCCAAGAAAAAAGAUUUAUCUAGGUCAAUUUCCCACUUAAUAACUGUGUUCAGUUUAACUUCUUGAUUAAGUGUAUCCAAGGCCCUUCUAGUUCUGGAAGGUUUAUAAUUGAGCUCCUCAUAGAGGAUCUUAUCGAGGUGCUAAUCUCUGAUUAUGAAGGAAAUCGAAUAUUCUUAGGUAAGUAAAAUAUUAGUUAUUCGAUAAACCUAGUCUUUAUUCGAUAAACCUAGGCCGAUCAUUGUUACUUUCAUCAUUAAUGUAGAAGCAAGAUAUUCCUCAACCCUCAGUACAAUACUGUUUUAUAUGGGUUAUAGCACAAAAAAGAAUGGAGAAACAUAUCAAUAUGAACAGUGAUACUAGGUAAGGAUGGCUCCGCUCAUUACGGUCACAAUCGAGAAAAACACUUCUAGCUAUUCAACCAGUUCUCAGCAGUGAAAAGAAAUGACCAGAUUUUACUAUUUACGUGACAUAAAGUCAUGAUUUUAUUAACGACACGGAGGCUCCUAUUGUGCUGCACUCUUUCUUUUUUUCCCUCAGUAGCAAAGUAAAAACUUUAACAAUGAUAUGAACACAGGAAACAGUCAUUAACACAUAUCUUCCCUGGCAACCAAUCAGCCAAUCAGGUUCCACUCUCCAGUAUAAUAGGCGGUAUUCUCAUGACAAUUUCCUCUUUCUUGCGAUCCCGAAUUUGUACUGCCAUCCAAACGAAACAAGGAAUCCAAUUAACGAGAAAAGUCAUCGAUGGAUGAACUUUCAAUUUAAGCUGUAAGAGAGAGUAGAAUAUGGUAUUAUCCAAGUAUAAAACUGGGUGUAUGCAUAAAUACUAUGUUAUACUUUAUGAGGCAAUAUCCACUGAAACAAAUAAUAAGUCAACCUGUACGAGGUGAAUACAAUGUGCAUAAUUGAACCCAUCACAUCACUAGUGAGAAAACCGCCCCACAGAAACUUACCGUACUAACUUACCCAGGUGAACACCAUCCAGGGGAGAGUGGGAGGGAUAAUCAGCGGCGUACAUAACAGGGUCGCAGGGGUCACGGCUGCGACCGGGCCCGGCCCACCAGGGGGCCCGGUCGCCCCUGCGACCCGGUAUGUACCCACAGGGCCAGCCUCUUCCCCUGGGGGGCCCAGGAGCCGGCCACUUCAGGACCCCCCCAAGGCUGGCCCUGCUGACCCGGGCUGGCUGUCUGGGUGGCCGGUGCGCGUGGGAGCACUCUCCCCUGUGUGCUUCAUCUUCAGCUCCCUCGCGCACCGCACUGAUACCGGAGCCGGAAGAUGACGUCAUCUUCCGGCGACGGCAUCCCUAUACGGCGUGCGAGGGAGCUGAAGAGGAAGCACACAGGGGAGAGUGCUCCCUUGCACACCGGCCACCCAGACAGCCAGCCUGCCCGCCCAGCAGCACCACUGGACCCCAGGGAAUCCCCCCAGCUCUCCAAAAGGUAAGGAGGCUGGGGGGAUUAAGUUUAAAAAAAAAUGUGUGUGUGUUAGUGUGUGUGUGUGUUAGUGUUUGUGUGUGUGUUAGUGUGUUUGUGUGUGUUAGUGUGUGUGUGUUAGUGUGUGUGUGUGUGUUUGUGUGUUAGUGUGUUAGUGUGUGUUUGUGUGUUUUUGUGUGUUAGUGUGUGUGUGUGUUAGUGUGUGUGUUAGUGUGUUUGUGUGUGUUAGUGUGUUUGUGUGUUAGUGUGUGUGUGUGUUAGUGUUUGUGUGUAUGUGUUAGUGUGUGUUUGUGUUAGUGUUUGUGUGUGUGUGUUAGUGUGUGUGUCAGUGAGUGUGUCUGUUAUUGGGUGUGUGUCUGCUAGUGAAUGUGUUACGGUGUGUGUCUGUUACUGAGUGUGUUUGAUGUCUGUUAGUGAUUGCGUGUUUGUCAGUGAAAGUGUAUGUUUUGUAAGUGAGUGUGUAUGUAUGUCUGUCAAUGAGUGUGUCUCUGUCAGUAAAUGUGUGUGUCUGUUAGCUAGUGUGUAUGCGUCUGUUCGUGAGAGUGUGUGUGUGUCUUCAGCAUUUACCUUUCUCCAGCGUCGGACUCCCUUGGCGCUGGGGAUCCCUCUGCCUCUCAGCUCCGAAUGCACAUGCGCGGCAAGAGGCGCGCGCGCGCGCAUUUAAACCGCCCAUAGGAAAGCAUUACUCAAUGCUUUCCUAUGGACGUUCAGUGUCUUCUCACUGUGAUUUUCACAGUGAGAAUCGCGGAAUCUCCUCUAGCGGCUGUCAAUGACACAGCCACCAGAGGCUGGAUUAACCCUCAGUGAAACAUAGCCUAUGUUUUCAGCUGCAGGGUUAAAACUAGAGGGACCUGGCACCCAGACCAUUUCAUUGAGCUGAUGUGAUCUGGGUGUCUGUAGUGGUCAUUUAAGUGUGUGUGCAUACUGCGGUUACGGGGUCGCAGGCCUGCAACCCCUGCGACCAGGUGCCCGCCACCAUGUGUUGCGGCCCCGACCCGCGCCGAGUAAGAGCGGGGGGAGGGGGGCCCACGGAUCAAUUUUCGCACCGGGGCCCCAUGGGUCAUAUGUACGCCACUGGGGAAUACUCGCCUCCGUGUCGUUAAUAAAAUCAUGUAAAUAGUAAAAUCUGGUAAUCUGGUAAUUUUAUUAAGACACGGAGGCUCCUAUUAUGCUAGUUUAAAGCUGUGAUAUAACUGUUCCAGCAAAGUGUUAAAUCGGUUUGAAGUAGAAGUCACGUAAAGUGGAUUCCGAAGACCAACCGGCAGCUCUUAAGAUAUCCUCCAAACGACAUUCUACCGUGGAGGCUUUUGGCUUCUGUGGAAAGGCCGGGUACAGUACGGACUUAGAAGACAUUUUGGUCCUUCUAGAGGUAUCAAAGAGGACACCUUCUGGUGUAAAGGAUCGGGCAUCUGUAUCCAAAGCUCUAACAUCCGAGACUCUUUUGCAUUAUAUGAGGCAGAAGAGCAUGACUAAUUUUGCUGACAGUUGUUUGAGUGAUAAUGCAGAGUUGUCCAGCCAUGACAUUAGAAAGCAGAGGACAAUGGAAACAUACCAUACCACAUAGUGUAGAUUAACGAGGGAGCGGUGGCCGGGAAAAUCAUACUCCACGUAGUAAGCGGCAGACAAAGGGGUGACGUCCAAAGGGGGGGGCCCAUCAAUGCCCUGAUGUCCAGCAGAAAGAGCCGAAUGGUAAAGGUUAACCUUGAGUGAGAUAAAAAACUGUAGGAUGGCUGUCAAAGGAGCUGAUAAGGGAUCCAGAUUUUGUCCCACGCACCAACCAUUCCAUGCAUUCCAAGCAGAUUUAUAAGAGUGUCUUGUGUCGGGUGCCCAUGCAGUCUCGAGAAGUCUGAGAGUUGAAUGCGGAACGCCUACGACUGUCCACUGAAAACAGCCAUGUCAUAAGCCUGAGGAGGCCUUGGAGAAUUAAGGGAUGAGAUUGUCCAUCCGGAUCCUGAAGAAGAGAAUCUACAAUGGGAGAAGGCAGUGGAAGUCUAUCGACAUUUCCAGAAGAUGAGGGAGCCAUGGUUGGGAUGGCCAUAGGGGAGUCACAAUGACCAACGUGCCCUUUUGGCGCCGUAGAUGUAGAAGGCAACGGGGAAUCAUUGCAAACAGAGGGAAUGCAUAAUUCAUUUCCAUGGUCCAAUCCUGAAGGAAGGCAUUCGUUGCGAGAGCCAAGGGACCUGGUCUCCAACUGUAGAACCGAGGCAGUUGAGCAUUCAGCUGGGAGGCAAAGAGGUCUACUCCCAGAGGUCCCCAGGUAUCCGUGAUGUUCUUGAAUGUCAUUGGGUCCAGACGCCAGUCGCUGAACAAACUGAGGUGUCUGGAGUACCAGUCCGCAGUGGUGUUGGAAAGUCCUGGAAUAUAUUCCGCUGUCACCAAGAUAUUGUGCAUCAGGCAGAAUUGCCAGAAGUCGCGUGCCAUAUUUGCUAAUACUUUGGAUUUCAUGCCUCCCAGAGGGUUGAUGUAUCUGACUGUGGACACGUUGUCCAUCUUCAAUAGAAUCGUGCAUUGCGAAUGAGUUGGGGAUAGGCUGCGUACUGCAAAGGAACCGGCUAAAAGCUCUAAGCAGUUGAUAUGCAAUGUCGUUUCGAGGUCCGACCAUCUGUCUCCCGUGGAGGUAUCUCCACAACGCCCACCCCAGCCGUGUAAGCUCGCAUCUGAUUCUAUGAUCAGAUCUGGGGUGAUUCCAAAGAUAGCGCGUCCAUUCCAUGCCUCCAUGUGGAGUAGCCACCAGCAAAGUUCGUCUUUCGCUUCUUCGUCUAGCGUUAUCAUAUCCCCGUAUGAUGCACCGCCUCUGAGGUGAGAGGCUUGAAGUUGUUGUAGAGCCCGGUAAUGGAGUGUGCCUGGGAAUAUGGCCUGGAUGGAAGCCGCCAGGAGUCCGAUGACUCGUGCCUGGUGUUUUAGAGAGAACUGAGGAACGGCCAAUGUGCGUCUGAUUUCUUUUUUGAUGUUCAGUAAUUUUGACGCUGGGUGGUGUAGUGUCUGUGACGUGGAAUCGAUCACUAGUCCUAGGAACUCGAUGUUCUGACCAGUGUCAGGAUGGAUUUUUCCCAGAUUACAAGGAAACCUAGGUUUUGCAACAGCAUCAGAGUCCAUGUGAGAUGUGUGUGGAGAAGGUCGGUAGACUAGGCUAGAAGGAGGAUAUCGUCUAGAUAGAUGAUAAGCCGAACACCUCGACUUCGAAGCAGGGUAAUCACGGGUUUCAUAACCUUUGUGAAACACAAUGGGGCUGAUGACAGUCCGAACGGGAGGCAUGUGAACCUCCAUUUCCUUCCUUCCCACGUGAAUUGGAGAAAAUCUUGGCAUCUGUCUGAUAUAGGUAGUAUGAGGUACUCGUCCUGUAAGUCUAACUUGGCCAUCCAAUCUUUGGGUUGUAGAAGGUCGCGCAGGCAAUGUAUGCCUUCCAUUUUGAAAUGGUGAUAGGAGAUGUAGGUGUUCAACUGUUUCAAAUUCAUGACUGGCCUCAUUGCUCCGCCUUUCUUGGGUAUAAGAAAGAGGUUGCUGAUGUACCCCGGAGUAUUGAAUGGGAUCUCUGUGAUGGCUUGUUUGCACAUCCGAUAGUGGAUUUCCUUGGAUUCAAGGAUAGCAUCGUGUUGGGAAAAAACAAUCUCUCUGGGUAGGGAGAGUCGAGUCGGGUGUGAUACAAAAUCUAUGCAGUACCCUGUUAAAGCUUGCAGGACCCAAGCAUCUGAUGUCAGAUGCGACCACACAUGGGAAAAAUGUCUGAGUCUGCCCCCCACAACCUGAAGGGAAGAAAGCUGGUGUGGCCCUCUGUUCUUGGAAUCCAGUUCUUCCAGUAUAGGAACCUCGGUUCUGUCUGUAUGAACCUCUCUGAAUAUGGCCGGACAGGCGGCUCCUACCUCUUCCGGCCCAGGCGAAAAUCUUUUGGUGGAAUAUCUUGCGCAUGUUAUUCUGUGCCUUAUUUAGGGCCGUAAAAGUAUGUACAAAAGACCCUAAUUCCUUUACAAAGGAAUCACCAAAUAAAAGCCCUUUAGCCUGGGCAGCCGGCUCAUUAAUUGCUAGAUUUACUAGCUUAGGCUCAAUUUUGAGCAGAAUAGAUUUGCAGCGUUCUGUAGCCAAUGCCGAAUUUAUGUUCCCCACUAGGCAAAUUAUCCUUUGGAUCCAUCCAUGAAUGACAUUCCUGUCCAGGUCUCGGUCAUCUUCGAUCGCCUCAAAUAUUUUCGCUGCGGGGCCCAAAAUAUCAAAAGCGUUGUCUUGGCAAUUAGUCGGGGUCAAAUCGAGGCCCUUCCUCGGUUUCCACCCGGUUUUCCCAAGGAAUUGGGCAAUUUUGGGGUCCACGAUGGGCGUUUUGCACGCGUCAUCUGGGACCGUGGGACGGGGGCAUUCUGCCCUCAGUUUGUUUCUGGUAACCUUGUCUAAGGGCUUACGCACUCUAGAGGUGAUGUAUUUUGCCACAUGUUCUGAGGGACACCAUUCCGCUAAGCGCGGGUGUCUGAGUUCCUCAGGGUCGAAAAGAGGUACCCCCCGAGGAUCUAAAAUCCUGGAGUCAUCACCAGACCCCGGCAGACUUACCUGGGCCCCUGACAAUGUCACGGGGAAGGUGCCAAAUGAGGAGGCAGAAUCCUCUCCCAAUGCACCGUCGGAGUUUGAUUCAGUCUGACCCUCUAAAUCGUCCUUAUCGGUCUCAUCCAUUUCCUCCUAAAUGUCGCUGAGUUCUCAGGCGAGUCUAGUUGGGCUCUCGCCCGUUUCCACAAUCUAGCCGAUUUUGCCUGGCUAGUGGUUCUUUUGCGCGGUGGUGGUUGCGCGCCAUCUGAGACAGACGUGAGGCUGUCACUCAAAGCAGUUUUGGAGGAAUGUUUGGUCUUAGCCGUAGCUUUGCGACCUUGGGGAACCGUUGGUAUACUAGAUGCAGUUGACGUACCAGUCUUCUGCGCAGAUUGGUGGACCUGCAAUGUGGCCUGUGUUAUAAUGUGUGACAGAGACAUCGACACAGCACCCAUAGCGGAAACAUAGCCUGUGAUAUGUAUUGUGAAACCGAGGCGUCAAAUAGCGCCUGCAUGUCCGCAGUAGUGGAUAAAUCAGGGGACAUAGUCCCUUCCCUGGGAAAUCUGAGGGGUCACUUGUGACCCAGAAGCCAAAGUUUGGUCCUUGUCAGACUGCAUUAUUUUGUGGGUGGAACUAUUGUAACCUGCAAAAUAAUAGGAUACCUAGCGAUAGGGUUUAGUAACCUAGAAUAGGGAAAAAAUAUCCUGCAAAAGGAAAUAAAUCACUUACAUUUAACAGAUUAGCACAGAGAAAGAUAGAAAGCCAUCCGUUUGCCAAAACACUAGACCCCAACAAAGGGAAACAGGAAGGGGCAAGCUUAUAGGAGAAAACCACACGAAAUUCUGUUGAACGGCAAAAUUCCGCGAACAGUCCGUUCUAAUGAAAAGCAGUAUGAAUACUGAUAAACUCGUGAACAGCAAAAGACGCAAAUGAAUGCACAGUUCAUUUAAAAAAACAUGCGAACGGAAAAAAGUAUGCAAACGCGCGCCAUAGACAGAGAGAAACUGGAGAAUGCUAGGAAACUGCCAAACGGCAGAUUAGACGAAGGGCACUAUUGCUCGAAUCUAGGAGCAGGUAGACAGUUACAUUAGUAGAAAAAUGUGUGCGAAAGUGCCAUGUGGCAAGUGCAAUUAAACGUUAGAGGGAUAAGAAUAAUGAAUUCUCCUCCCGGUGCCCCACAAGGAAUUAUAGGGAACCGGGAGGGAGUCUAACCAAGCAAAUUACAGAAUAUAACACAGUAUAAGCAGUAAUUAAUAAGUAAUUAAGGCAAUGUGAAUGAAAGAAACAACAAAAUGAAAUGAACGUAAUCAGAGUAAUACUGUAAUAAAUAAUAAUAAUAAUUAUAAAAUAACAAAAGAGCAGUAAUAUUAUCAAUAAUAAUAAUAAUAAUAGUAAUAAUAAUAAUAGCAAUAAUAGUAAUAAUAAUAGCAAUAACAAUCUCACAGUUAAGAACUAUGGGAUCAGUGUACUUAACUGAGGGAGCAGCAAAGAAAGAGGAAAUUGUCAUAAGAACACCGCCUGUUAUUCAGAGUGGAACCUGAUUGGCUGAUUGGUUGCCAGGGAAGAUAUGUGUUAAUGAGUGCUUCCUGUGUUCAUAUCAUUGUUAAAGUUUUUUCUUUGGUGAACGAGUGCAGCAUAAUAGGAGCCUCCGUGUCUUAAUAAAAUCACAUCUCUCAAUAUGGUUAUAUACUCAGUGCAAGGCACAGGGCCUUACUUCCCAAACUGGGGGUUUAGAAGAAGUGUUUAUUUUUUAGGUUAAAACAGCCAAAAUAUACAACAGAUCCAACCUGUCUAUUUGAUCUAUUUUAGUGAUUUUUCUAUAUAUUUUACAGUACAGUAAAUUCUUUACUGAACCUCUCCCGUAGUGCUUAGUUUAGUGUCUAUGUCUACGACAUACUGAGGGUAUUUUAGGAUGUGUAAGUGACCAUUAAGCAGUAUUUAGUCAUUGUUAAGUGGUGUCGACUUUUGUGAUACAAGUGAGGCUUAGACUAUAUAACAAAUCUUCAUACUUUGAACAAAUAAUAUAUAACACGUCUGUUACAUGUUUACAUGUUUUUCAGGUUCCUGUCUGAAAUGUAACCAAUGUUCUGGGUUACCGUAUAACUGUAUUGACCAGGAGCAAGAGUGUUUUGUUAAUCAGACGAGCUGUGUCUCUCAGUCAUUCACUAUUGUAGGUAAGGUACAGGUGAGAAACGUCUUCUAGAACUGAUUCUUUAUAUGUAGGCUUUCUUCCAAUUAUCCACCAACGUAUUCAAAAUAGGUCUGUCUGCCUGCUUGAUGUAACCUUUCAUAUGAUUUGUAUCACUACUUCCAAGUCUUAUUCCCAUGGCCUGCAGAUAUGAUAAGCCCCCAAAUACAUAUGGUGGUCAGGUAAUCCUACAGUCCAUGUGUAAUUACAUAUUCCUGCAAUCUCAUUGUUAUACAAUUAGCCAACAACCGAUGCACAGGUCUUGCAACCCUCUACUUGUAGGGCAAGUCCAUCCAAGCCUGGUCAAUGAGUUAUUGUCAUUUGAUGGACACCUCUUUUCUAGAGUGUUGUGUCUUAGACCAUUCAUCAAAGGAUUUCCUAAUUUUGUUGCAAAGGUGAUUUGCACAGCACAUGGAUCUUUGGACCCAUGACAUGUGGAUUAAGACAUCCAAUGCACAUUAAAAUGGGUGGUGACGGUCUUCGAGGGUCAUUGUCAAUCACCACCUGAAAUCAACUUCUCUUUCCUCUUCUUUCAAACUCUGUGGUUAUCUUCCUUAAGCUGUAGAUGCUAAUAAAAGUUUUAUUAAGUAUUUAAUGUGAUUACAAAAUUUGAUAAAUGAAUAAAAAGACAGCUCUCUUUCAGUUUCUUCCAUUAGCGGGCUUCGGAGCACACUUGAUGAAUGUUUAUUGUAUAAGCAGCAUCUAUAAAAGAAUUCUAAGAUUUCAACGUCUUUUAGUAUUAUCCAAUGAUCAAAUGCAACAUUUGGAGAGACGAAAGUCAGAACUUACAUAUAAAACCUACUUGUUUUGUAUCAUUAAUGCCCCUUUAAUUAUGGGCACAGAUAAAAAUGUUAAAAAAUUGAAUAAUAAUAAAAGAAAUGCAAUAAAAAUCUCCAAGAAUCUAUGCAUAUUUAAUUAUGGUGCAAAAUAAAAUACACAUUUUUCAACAGCACAAAUAAAUUGUUAUUGCAACCAUAAUGUAGUGGUAAAAUAAGAAAUGAGUUUUAUCAUUCAAACCAGCUCCAUUCAGCAUUUAAACUUACCAGUCAUAUUAUAUCAUCGACUAAUCCGCGUUUCGCUGGUCAUAGAGCAUAAUUAACUCUUUGAGUUCUAGAGAUAGUAAUAUUUUGGUUGACAUAACUGAAUUUCCUUUAUUAAGUAUGAGAAUUGUAAAUAUAGUUCCAUUUGGUUAUCUAACCAUGUUUCUCUGAUUUGGGCCAAAAGUGGACUUUUGAAAUUAAUUCUGUUUUGAAUUCUCUACAAUCUGCCGCUUUAUAGAAUAAACCUGUAAGAGUGUGUUUAGGAGUUAGCUAAUUAAUUCCUGAGUGGUCCUUUUGAACUCUCUAGAGUGUCUUCACUAACAGAGUUAUUUACUACAGUGAGAAUUCCAAACUUGAGAUUCAAAUUGUCAAACUGGAAACAUUCUGUAAGCCUCAAUUUGGCUACUCUGGCCUUACAUUCAAAACUCACUUUGAAUUUUCACCUUAGUGGAUAACCCUCAAAUUGUGUCAAGAACAACUAUAUUUCACAAAGUACUUCAGUUGGAAAGCACAUUUGUUCAGAAUAAUAUUGUGCGAUGCCAUUGUCAGUUCUCCACACUAAACCAUAUAAAAAUGCUCAACACAAUUUGGGACUGUUCAUUUUCCGAGAUCAAAUAUUUAUUCCAUCAGUCACUGUUGAUAUACGAUCCUGUGUUGUUUUGUUACAGAGAAUGGAACUGUUACUGAAAAGACCUUUAAAGGCUGCAGUCAGGGUCUGGUGUGUAACGAAACGAUGUACGUGGACCGGGGGAUUCGUAAAACCUACAUGAGCUCCUCAUGCUGUCUCACAGACAACUGCAACACUGGAACUUAUUACUGUGAGUUCAGGCUUCGUUCCUGUCCUAGGCCGGACUGAAACUGUUACUUUGUAGUCAGGCAAUUAACUGUAAUAAAAUAGGAACGGUCCGGUCAGUGGCCAUGUUCUAGAUGUCAGGCAAAAAAUAUGCAAUGGUGUAAAACAAAAAAAAGGAAAUAUAAAGAUUAGGUAUUACUAGUCUUCACCUGUCAUCACUUGGUUUCGCCAUAUGUAAAUUACGUUCUGAGCACGAUUGGCAGCCAUCGUCCUUUCUGCACUGCCCAUAAAAUAUGGCGCCACAAUAAGGGAAGGAUGACUAACUAUGGCACCUCAGAUAUCUCUUAAGUAUAUUUCCCAUGGUCCUUAGCCAGCCUGUAUUGAAUGGUCAUUCAUGGGUAUUUAAAAAUAUUAGGCCAAUCUACAGUGCCAGAUUUAGUCACUGCUGUUUUUGGUUAAUGAUGUCUCAAAAUCUCAAAUUCAGGGAUAACGUCUGUUAAUGUCUCUCCUCCAGCAACGGUUCCUGUGGCUGCAUUAAACUGUUUGGCUUGUAUAGGCAACAACCAGUCGUGUACUCUUCCAAAUAUGACAUCAAUCCGAUGUGCCGGGGUCCAGGAUCGUUGCAUGACGAUCACAAGCUUGUUUGUUAAUGGUAAGAGAGGAAAAACAACCCAGAGCAAGCCAAACUAUGUAUGUACCUAAAUAUACGGAAUCCUAGAGGUGCAAAGAGACAAAGAGCUCAGAUGUAUUAGCAGCCUUUAGUGUAGUAAAAUAGAUUUCCAUCUGAUUUAUUCCUCAAAGAACUAGAAUCUUUUCUUCUGGUGGACUGCUGCGUUAUCCCAGUACGCACAGUUCAGGCUCAUAUGACAGAGUUCCAAGAGGGGUUGAAGCUAUUCUUUUAUACAAAUAUGUUUACAUAUAUGUGAAAAAAAGUCACUGGAGAAAUCUCCAUAUAUCUGGCUGAUGGAUAACCCUCACGAACAUCAUUUAAUCCCCUUAUCCCUAGGGUCACACUUCUAUUAACAGGUGUAUUCAAAAAGUUAAUUCCAUUUUUAUUCUGAGAAUUCAUUUAAGUCAGGACAUAGCCAAACUGUUUAUCAAUGUCAUUUUUUCAAAGAUAUCAUGGAGAAUAACUGCCCUCCUUUAUCAACAGGUUCAAGCUCAAACUCUGUGGUUAAAGCUUGCGGAACAGGAAACCUUUGUGAUCGGAGACUGGAAUAUAACACCGGGAAAGGAAGGUUGUAUACGGAUAUAACAUGCUGUGGGAAGACCAAUUGCAACAAUAAUUCAAUAGCAGGUAAAUUAACCAGUACUCUACUAGUCUUGGACACACACAACCCAAACCUCUAUCUUGGGGUAGCAACAUAUUAACUAAGGAAAGGUAAAAAAGCACAUCUGAAACACAUGUGAAGAUUUGAUAAGGUAUAGUUAUCUGAAAGAUGGCUCAUUCAUAUCAUCACUCUCUACCCUUACUUAAACUCUGCCUGGAGGCUGGAGCUGCUCUGAAAGAUCAGAGAGAGGAACAUGAAAAGCCUCUACCAUGGUCUCACUUGACCAUGCUAUGCUAGAGGGGGGAGAUUCUACCUCUCCCUUGUCACCAGGGAUGGAUCUUGUGUGGUGUGCUACUACCACAUUUCAAACCAGAAUAUUUUGAUACAUAUCCCCUACAGACUUUCCAAGAAGUUGCACAGUAAAUAACCUAUGUCUAUAAGACGUGAACACUCAAAUAAAAAACUGUGCAGACUGUCCAUGGAAAGAAUACAGAAGUAUUCAGUUCUGGUGGGCUAAUAGCUAACAAACCAGUUACCUGUUAUUCCAAAUAUCCACUAUCACUAAUGUAUUUUACAUCAGAGCAGACCAUGGUGAAUUCGACCUUUUGUUGGCCCAACUCAAUAAAAGUAUGUUUGUCCAUUUCAAUAAUUCUUCAGUUGAGACUCACAAAGGAGUCCUGUCACAGGGAUACUGUACACAACCUUGUCCUGUCACAUCACUAUUACACCGUUGACUAGUGUUUAUGAACUGUCAUCCACAGUCUCCGUGAAUGAGACACUCAAUGGACUUCAAUGCUAUGCAUGCAAUGAGACGGGAAAAGGAGAAUGCACCAACAAAAUCACCAAGGUGCAGUGUACGGGGAACAUGACCUCAUGCAUGGACAUUCAAGGUGAGACAUGAAUUCAUUGUUUUUUACAGGUGACCCGACCACGUCCACUUUUAAAUUCGUACAGCAUGGAGCUCCUCUGUGCUCCUCUAUGGGUCUACAAGCUAUAAACUGCUAAAAUCAACUUGCUUUAAACAUAAUUUUGUAGAGAAAAGUAUUUAGGGAAGUAGACCUUUAUAGCAAAUUAUGGCUCACAUCUGGUUUAAUUGCUGUUUGUUUGUGGCCAACUUCUAUGUUCCAUUCUUCAAGAGCUAAUCCCAUUUCUCUGCACAGGAUUUCCACGAGGGACCACACUAAUGCGUGGAUGCUGCUCCAAUAAUGUGUGCCUUGGGCUAUCCACGUCCUUGUUUGUCCUACAAAGUCAGAAGCUCUACUGCUGCAAAGGGAACCUCUGCAAUAAUGGAGUUGUUGCAUCCUACUUCAGUUCCAGCUUGGUCACUGCAGAGAGGAACGUAUAUUUAUUGGGAAUGGCUCUGCUGGUUGUUAUAGGUCGUGAGAUGCUGCUUUAAUCUCACAUCGAACUUUCAGGAGAAUGACGUGUUUGACUUGCACGUUAAGAACCAUACCUCCCAUAAUCUGGGACAUGUUCUGAACUGUAAAGUCAUUCUAAAACGUGAAGCAUCCGUGAAGGACAAUUUAAAAAUAUUAGGCCAAACUCAAACCCUGUGAGAAGUUGGGACGUGUUCCAGGAGAAAUCUGCCUCAUAUUGUAGCACUUAAACUGAAUGACUUCUAAGAGAAUUCAGCAAUAUCAAUAAGUAAAAAGAUUGUUAAAAGUAAAAGGAAUCCAAACCAUGCUCCAAAUGCUUUCUUACACAACAUUUAUAUUCUACCACAAAACAUUCUAUGUCUACCAGUAGUACCACAUAUGGGUUAAAUUAUUGCUUUACUGUAUUUUUCAAAAUAAUUUCUGACUCUCAAUGGUCAUAGAUCAAGAGCACUACAAACUGUCAUCUAUUUAAAGUUAUAAUGCAUAUAUUACUGUUUUUAGCGACAAUAAAGUGUCUUUAGAUAAUGGUCUACUCAGUGGCUUAGGAGAUAGGAAUUCUAGGUCCAUGAUUAACAUAAUUCCAAUACUAAAACUGUUAUUAACAUGGACUCUUUUUUGUAAGUGAAUAUCACACCGUGCUAAAGAGGGCUCUUUGCAGUGACAAAUAUUAAUCUAUUCUAUUUUUUGUGUGUAUGCGUGUUCAUUUAUGUGUGUGUUCAUGUGAGUGUGUGUACAGGUCUGUUUGGGUCAACAAGUUCAUAUGUGUGUAUACCAAUGAGUGUGUUUGUAUAAAAUAAAGGUAUUUGGAAAGACACAAUGAAUAUAUAUACACAUGUACACAUUUCCUAUAUAAAACCCUUUAUUUUUUGCGUUCUUCUUUUAGAUUCAAUGGAGAUGUGUGGGAAUUGUGUGCAAACAUUCUUUACAUGUGCAUUUAUGUUCAUUCAUAAUCAUACAUAAGGCGUAAAGUGUGUUUUAGUGCUUCUGUCUGGGUGUGAUAUCCUAUUUAUGGGAAGAUGCACACAGAUAUGUCCAGAUCCAAAAUACGGGCUCUGUGUAAAUAUUGGGAUAAUUACAAGUUGUUGCUUUGAUUUUUUUUUUUUCAAGCAAUAUAAAUGUGUAUAAAAUAUUUAUUAUUAUAAAUUCAAUAAAUAUGUUAAUUGUAA